AUGGAAGCCCUGGAUCCCCCCGCCGCAGUCGAGCCAUUCCUGCCAGCGCUCAACAGUCGUCCCAGCCCUGCGUGUGGGGGUGAUGAAAGGGUCUUCCAAAUCGGUAUUGCAGGCAAGUACGAUGAUUUUGCUUACUCGAUUGCUCCUGAUCCACUCGUCGUUUCCAGCCAAUGUCCACCUUAUUCACUUGAACUGUCAACGUACAUCGACUCAUCACUGGGACGCACCGAAGUUGGCAUUAUGGAAGCCCUGGAGCCCCCCACCACAGUCGCGCCAUUCCAGCCAGCGUUCAGCAGUCGUCCCGGGCCUGCGUGUGGGAGUGGCGAAAGGGUCUUCCAACACGUACCUCAAGGCAAGUUGAAUUUAAAUAUUCAGUCGACGACCUCUGAUGCGUCAAUUGUUUCUAGACAACCUUCGCUGGAAGAAAUGCAACGUAUCCCACAAGCUGACGAUGACGAAACACCGCAAACAACACGAACGAUCAGCCAUCAGGACGAACUAGGCUCUGGAAUCUCGGUAUAUUACCAGAAUGUUAGAGGGCUGAGGACAAAGAUUCAGGAUUUUUAUGCCUCAGUGACUGCCUCGCUUUACGAUGUAAUCGUGUUGACUGAAACGUGGUUAGACGAAGUGAUUCCGUCGGGUAUGCUGUUCAGUAACGACUACGCUGUUUAUCGUGGUGAUCGCAAUGCGCUGACAAGCACCAAGAAACGGUCCGGUGGUACCCUUAUUGCUGUGAAGAACAUCAUUCCGUCCAGUUUGAUCCCGAGCAAUGAAAACAGCAUUGAGCAUGUUUGGGUGUCUUUGACCAUGGCGCAACGUUCUAUUGCUAUUGGAGCAGUGUAUAUCCCACCAGACAAAGCGUCGGAUGUACAAACAACAAAUCGUCAUAUCGCCAGCAUGAAAUCUGUAAUCUCUUCUCUCGGACACAACGCAGUUGCAGUGUUUGGUGACUACAACCGGCCAGGGAUUCGUUGGAUGCAAAACGAGGAGCACUACUGUUCGGUGGAUGUCACAGCUUCAUCCUUGACGCAAUCAAACGCGGCAUUGGUUGACGGAAUGAGUUCAAACAACAUGCGUCAACUGAACUACAUGAAGAAUCGCUUUGGAAACACGUUAGAUUUGCUGUUCGUCAAUGAAGAGCUGGUGGAUGAUUUUACGAUUGAAGAUGUUGUAGAGCCCAUCUUGCCAAUCGACGUCUGCCAUCAACCCUUCUUGUGUACCAUCAACAAUUGUGAACCUCUGCUUGAAGAAUAUGUUGACGAGUUUGAUGCCCAUGCAUUCGACUUCAAAAAAACGGACUUCGAUGGGUUGCGCCGGCACUUGUCGGCACUUGACUGGUCAAUUGUGACAGAAUGUGCGAACCUCGACGAUGCCGUUGAGAACUUCACGAGUGCUGUCAGCAGUUAUGCCAACCUCUCCAAUAUUUACUUGUUCAACCUUUCUUUGAGCAACUCUACCUUCCCUACGCGCUGGAAAGCAUCGUACAUGUUCCCGAUACAUAAGAAAAGCAGCAAAAAUGACGUGCGAAGUUAUCGCGGAAUCACAUCGCUUUGUGCAUGCUCCAAACUUUUUGAAAUCAUUGUCUCGGAACAUUUGUUUUACCAGACAAAGCAGUACAUUUCCACAAGCCAGCAUGGAUUUUUCCCUGGAAGAAGUAUCUCGACGAAUUUGUGCGAAUUUGCGUCUUUUUGUCUGCGCAACAUUGGGCAGGGUCGGCAAAUAGACGCCAUAUACACCGAUCUUAAGGCAGCAUUCGACAAGGUUAAUCACUCCAUACUGCUAGAUAAGCUGAAUAAACUGGGAUGCUCGUCCGGCUUUGUUGCAUGGCUCCGAUCGUACCUCUGUGGAAGAAAAUUAGCCGUGAAAAUCGGAUCGUCUGUUCCACGCUGGUUCGAAAACCCUUCCGGUGUACCGCAAGGCAGCAAUUUAGGCCCACUAUUGUUCUCGUUGUUCAUUAACGAUGCCUUGUUACAUAUUGGGGAAUGCUUUUGUCUGGGUUACGCUGACGAUUUUGAGCUGUACAUUGUUAUCAACGGUGUUGAAGAUUGUCGCAGACUCCAAACUUUGCUUGAGAUGUUUGCAACUUGGUGCCAAGCAAAUAAGAUGGAACUCAGCAUCCCCAAAUGCUUCGUCAUAAGCUACCACCAUAAAAUGAAUCCGUUAUUUUUCGAGUACACGAUUGGAGGCGAACUGGUACAAAGAACUGAAACGAUCCGGGACUUAGGUGUAACUCUCGACUCAGCUCUCUCGUUCAGAAAUCACCACGAAGAGAUCAUCGAUAAGGCUCGCCGUCAACUUGGGUUUGUCAGCAAACUGAGCAAGGAGUUAAGAGAUCCGUACACGCUCAAAUCUCUGUACGUAAGUCUCGUUCGGCCUCUUCUAGAAACCGCGUCGAUAGUAUGGGAUCCCUAUCACAGCACUGUGGCCUCUCGAAUUGAGUCUGUUCAGAAGAGAUUCGUGAGAUUUGCACUGCCUAACUUGCCGUGGAAUGAUCCGCAGAAUCUGCCACCGUAUGAGAGUCGAUGUCAACUAAUUGGGCUGGAUACGUUGACGCAAAGAAGAAAAAGAGCCAAGGCUAUCUUCAUAGCUAAACUACUUGCUGCUGAAAUUGAUGCGCCAAACUUGCUGGUGCUAGUUGACAUCAAUGUUCCUGGCUAUGCUACUCGCCGACCCGAAUUCUUCAGGCUGCCUUUUAGACGGUGGGAUUAUACUUCCCAAGAACCAAUUCGAGCAAUGAUGGAAUGUUUUAACCAUGUGGUGCACUUGUAUGACUUUAAUGUAACGACAAAUAAUUUUAAGAGUAGACUUUCACGUUUUGUGUUUAACUAGUUGUAAGAACUUAUUCAUUAAGACACAUCAGUCGGAUGAAAUAAACAACAAUAAUAAUAAUAAUAAUAAUAAUAAUGACUGUU